AUGAUGGGUUCGAGAGGACCGUCACUUUGUCCGGUUCUGUUCGUGGUGCUCAGUGCAGCCUGGUUGGUUCUGAGCGGAAACCAGGUUGAGAGCGCCCAUACAACCCCCGCCUUGUUUCUUACUGUGAAAAGUUGUAACUUUUGCAUGACAAAGGUGGAUCAUGUACAGUGUGGUUAUCUGGUAGUGACAGACAUUUUGAUCAGUCCCGAUGGAAUGCCCCUUCCAUUUUUCCACGACAACAGUGUCUCCAAGAAGAAGACCGGAUUGAAGAUAAUUGCUUCGUUCGGUGGAUCCGUUGUGCCGUCAGAGCUGUUUGCUUUCCUAACGUGUGAUGAUCGACGACGCGGAGCUUUUGUGAACAAUUUGAUCGAGUUUACGUUAGCUCACGGAUUCCAUGGCAUUGAUUUGGCCUGGCUGUAUCCAGCACCCCAGGAAAGGGAUCAGUACGUACGACUCAUCAAGGAUCUUAGGAAUGCCUGUGAUCGCAAUGGAUUGGUGCUCACGAUAACCGUUCCUAGCCGGCCCUCUGUCAUCGAGGUGAACUAUCCGGUUGAUAAGCUGGAAAAGUACGCGGAUUACGUUAUUUUGAGUACGACCGAAUUUCGGAAAUUACGAAAAACAUCCUUCAUCGCACCGUUGUACUCUUCUAGUCCUGGGUCGUCCAAUAGCAUAGACUAUCACGUCGAUCGAUGGAAGAUGGCAGGAUUAAGCAGUGGCAAAAUCGUGAUAGUAAUUCAGACAAUGACCCUAACGUACAAGCUUUACAUUCAAAACGAAUAUCGCGUGGGCACUCCAGCGCUACAGCUUAAGAUUCGGCCAUACUACAAGAUAUGUAGGAAGUUGUACAGCGGAUCGCUAGAGAUUUGGGACAGCAAUGUGAAGAGUCCGUAUGCUUUCCGCGAUCUUUCCUGGUAUUCAUACGAAAAUGAAAAAUCCGUCAAGGAGAAGGUCUGCUUCGUCGUGCAACAGGGUCUUGGAGGAUUGGCGGUGUUCUACUACGAUGAAGACGAUCCGAUAAACAUUUGCGGCGAUGGGCAGUAUCCUCUAACGGCGAUCGUAGUGGCAGCGUUACAAUCACAGUACAUGCCACCUGCGGUCAUUUCCGAUUCGCAGAUUUAUCAAUACGAUUCGCCUUCCCUGACACCCCUGUCACAGAUAGACUAUCGGCAUUACAGCGAGCUCGACAGCAACCAGCCUGUGGUGGUUUAUGUAGAGGAAAAGCAACCCCAUAAACAAACAUAUGUACCAAGCGUGCCAACCACUCAAUCCACCGGAACCAAUUUCGCUUCAAACUCAAUGCAAUACAUGUUUGGAAUGCAAGUUUUCAAUACGAGUGACACCUCAUCCACGAUGCAAUUGAAUGAUCCAAGCUCCUCCAAGGACGUGUACGAUGCAGUGGAAAAUAUGUUCAGCGGUUUUGAAUCAGGAUCGGAUGAAUUUUCUGAGGAUUUUAUUAUUCCAUACGAUUUAAUAGAAGUUGGAAAGGGUGUCGACAUGGUUGCUCCCAAAGGCGAACGUCCGACGAUCUUCAGCGAUGCAGAACCAUUACCCUCAACCGUGCAGCUGUUUUCGGAAACUGUACCGACCCAGAAUUCACAUACAUGCAAACUGUUCUCGGAAAAGACAAAUAACCAUCCGGUAGUGUACACAUCGAGUGCCAACUGCAAGGCGUGUAGUAGUACACCAAGGCCGUGUGCCCAUUGCGCUUCUCUAUCGUCUUCCGGUUUACCUGCAGGGCAUAGGACGAGAUGUUCAUGUCCGUAUCCAGGUAUUAAAAUUUUUGCCACUGGACAUGCACCGACACCGGCACCGACAACUACGACAACCACUAUGGCACCGCCCAUGAUGCACUUCUUUACUUUGGGCCCGGCAACAUUAAAGCCUCCAACAUGUUGCCAGGGAUGCCAGCAGUGUGUUAAAGUGGUAGCGACUAGCAGUGCUGAUGUUCCACAGAUGGUAGAUCAUGCUUUACCUUUCCCUUGUUCAACUCCCGCACCCGGUCCGCUAGGUCCCCUGUACUCGGAACAGCCGUGUGCAUCGUCGGUGUCUGGUUUAAAAAUUCAAGCACAAGCUGUUGGUGCUCAACCGAUUGUUCCCUUUCAACCGUUUGAGGUAAACAUUUGUCCACACGAUGGAAUCCUACGCGAUCCUCACGAUCGACGAUCGUACUAUCUCUGCAAACGUGGCUUGCCUAUGUGUGAUGAGAAUAAGUUUAGCUGUGCGCAUGGUUAUAUCUUCAACGAGACGAGUAAAAAAUGUGUCCCCGAGGGAUCCUUCAAAUAG